AUGGUAGUAUCCAAGUUGGAAAGUUUACCAUCUGAAUUAGUUGUUGAAAUCAGUGAUUAUCUGGAUGCAUGUGAUUUGUAUCGUGCAUUUUAUGGAUUAAAUCAUCGUAUAAACACAAUACUUGAUCACCAAUGUCAUCGUUUGAACGUCAAUUUUAUUCAUAUUUCAAAAAAUCAGUUCGAUUUCUGUUGUACACGAAUUCUACCACGUAUUGCUACUCGUAUUACUUCCUUAACAUUACCUGGAAGUAAUUCUUCCACACCUGGAUUACUUCCGCAAUUUUUGGUGUAUUUUAAGUCUUUAGGAACUAUCUUUAUUCACCUCUUAUCAUUUAAAUUAGUUGAAUUUACAAAAUCCGAUGUUGAAAUUCUUGUACCACACCUUCACCAACUUGUGUAUCUUAGAAAUCUAUCAAUAGGUGGAUACACACGGUUAAUGCCGUUUAAUAUAAAUACAAAUGAACUGUUCCAAGAACAUGUCGUAUUGCCGUUAUCGUUACGUAGUUUGGCAUUUCCUUACGAAAUUUCAGAUCGAUGGAUUCAGACGUCAAAUUCUACACUAUCGAUAGAACAAUUACAUGUUACUUCUAUUUAUAUAGACACGUUAAUAUCGUUUAUGCAGCGAUUUCCAAGAUUGAAUCGAUUGACUACAGUUCUAAGUGAGCCUGGCGAAUCAGAUUUAAUAGCCGAGAAUAUUCCUGGAUCUACUAUAAUGUUUCAAUCAUUACGAUAUUUAAAUUUAAAUAUUGUAUCAGAUGUAUCAUUUUCUCAAUUUGCUUCUUUUCUUCGACAUGUACCACAACUUCAUACUUUAAUUAUUGAGGCACUCAAUCCCGAUGUAUUGUUUUUGGACGCACAUCAAUGGGAAGCAAAUUUGUCAGCCAAUCUUUCUUCGUUUCAUUUCGAUCUGACGAUAACAUCGCUAGUUGGUUUUGAUCAUCUCUCCUUACUCAAACCUUUCAAAAGUGAUUAUUGGACGUCACGCGGUUGGUUUGUUCAGUGUCGUACACGAGAUCGUGGUCGAUUUUUUCGUCUAUCAACAAGUCAAUCGCCAAUCAUUAAUCUUCUUUAUUGGCCCGAUGAUGAAAUUCUUCUCGAUUCAAAGUCAAUCAUUCGAUAUCCUCAUGUCACACAUGUUGAAUUAUGGUGGAAUUUAUCUAAGUCGACUCAAUCGAUAUGUCCACAUGUACGUUCCAUUCAAUUCUAUGGUGCGAAUAAUGGCGAAAUUGAAACAAUUCAUCCAAAUGUUCGUGACCUGCUUAAUACAUCAUCAUUCGAACAUAUCAUUAUUGAUAACAAUGUACCGAUUAGUCCAACUAGAUUAGCACACCUUCUAGCGAAAUCAUCUGAUCGUGUUCAUAUUCUCACAUGUUCAACACAUUGGUUAUAUUCGUUGUUCAAGACAAAAGACAACGAAUGGAUUUGUCUUCUGCUAACGAUGAGAAUUCGAAAAUUGAUAUUAAAUAAUACUAAUUUGGUACUAUCUUAUGCAGAUUUAAUUGCAUUCGCUCGAACAUUUAUCAAUUUACAAGAAAUAUCCAUAAAAUUAGUUUCAGUAGAAGAAAUGGCUUUUCUUUUAAAUAUUCUUCGACAACUCACUAUGGCAAGUAUUGAAUUACCGGAUACUGAACUCAGAAAUAUCACCAAUCUGACUCAAUGGAUUCUAGAAAAUACUGUAUUUCGUGAUUUCACAAUCGAAAAACGCGCAGGUGGAUUGGAUUCAUCUAAAAUUCUUCUCUGGAUUGGCUCACAUAAUAGAACUAAUCUAUACGGAACAGAACAUCAAUUGUAUUCGAACCAUCCUAUAAUUAAAGAAAAGAUUCUAGAGAAUUAUCUAUAG